CUCCUUGAGUUUCUGCAGCUCCCGAGCCCCAUUGGCUGGAAGGCAAAGCAGAGGCGUGGAAUGCCCUGAUUAUUUUUCUCCUCCACACACCAUAAAACAGGCAGCCAGCGUGUACUGUCUGACAGUGAGACCAGUGCUCUGCAGCAGUCACUUGGGCAUUUUAUGUUUGCCUCUCUUAAUGGAAGGGAACAAAAAAGCCUUGCAGCAUACCAGUGAAAUAAACAGGAACUGACCAUAGGGGAGAAUCUGAUGCAAAUUUACAGACUGUUGGGACUCUGUGACAUAGAUCACCAAGAUAAAUGUGAUGAUGACCAGAAACUGCAUCUGUGAGAAAGUAAACCAGUAUUUCUCAGUUUGAAACCUUAUUUUGUAACAGCAGUCCAAGUGUUCUGAACUGCUGCCUGCCUUGGUGCUAGCUUAUUUUUCUUUUUUCCCAAGCUGAAAAGCCAAAGAAGGUUUUCAAAGGAAUGCAAAAGGAGCAGUAGUUUUAAAAGCAGAAAGCUGAAAGAGGAUCUCCAUAAGAUGAAUUUCACCCAGCACCGUGGGACACUCCAGUCUCUCCAUUUCUGGAACCACAGCUAUGGACUGCACGGGGGUGCCAGCGAGCCCAGUGCAAAGGGCCAUUCCUCAGGAGGCUGCUACGAGCAACUCUUUGUAUCCCCUGAAGUGUUUGUGACUCUGGGCAUUAUCAGCUUGCUGGAGAACGUCUUGGUCAUUGUUGCGAUAGCCAAGAACAAGAACCUCCAUUCACCCAUGUACUUCUUCAUCUGUAGCUUGGCAGUGGCUGACAUGCUAGUGAGUGUAUCUAAUGGAUCAGAAACUAUUGUCAUCACGCUGCUAAACAAUACAGACACAGACGCACAGAGCUUUACCAUAAACAUUGACAAUGUCAUUGACUCAGUGAUUUGCAGUUCCUUGCUUGCAUCUAUUUGCAGUCUCCUCUCAAUAGCAGUGGACAGGUACUUUACUAUCUUUUAUGCCCUCCAGUACCAUAAUAUCAUGACGGUUAAGCGUGUGGGGGUCAUCAUCACAUGCAUCUGGGCUGCUUGCACAGUCUCAGGCAUUUUGUUCAUCAUUUACUCUGACAGCAGUGUUGUCAUCAUCUGCCUAAUUAGCAUGUUCUUCACUAUGCUCAUUCUCAUGGCAUCCCUCUAUGUCCACAUGUUUAUGAUGGCUCGGAUGCAUAUAAAAAAGAUUGCUGUUCUUCCAGGGACUGGCCCUAUUCGCCAAGGGGCCAACAUGAAAGGGGCCAUCACUCUCACCAUCCUGAUUGGAGUUUUUGUUGUGUGCUGGGCUCCAUUUUUCCUGCACCUGAUUUUCUAUAUCUCCUGCCCCUACAACCCUUACUGUGUGUGUUUCAUGUCCCACUUUAACUUCUACCUCAUUCUCAUCAUGUGCAAUUCCAUCAUUGAUCCACUUAUCUAUGCAUUCCGGAGUCAGGAGCUCAGGAAAACAUUCAAGGAGAUUAUAUGCUGCUGUAGCCUGAGAGGGCAUUGUGAUUUGCCUGGCAAAUAUUAAACUGAGUGGAUACGCUAUGUGCACACAGCAUGCAGCACAGACUUCCAAGCCUUCAGAUCCUCUUUCUCAGAAGAAUGUGAUUUAAAUCUUUAAGAGUGAGCACUUCUUUCUGUCUCCCCUCCCUCUCAUCCUUAUAUCCAAUUCAUGUGUAAUUCAUAUUUCCGUAUAAUGUUUGUGAUAUCUACAGUUUGUAAUUUAUUUGGCUGGAAAGAGAAGUAGUACUUCAUACCAGUUUGUAAGUAAGCAAAUAAAUGUAAUGAUGGAUGUGAAAUACUAACAGACAUGAG